GUGACAGGAUGUGACAUCAUUCAGACACCUGCAAAGGACCACAUGAUCAUGAAGCAAAGUAUUGGCGCAGAAGGCUGGGGAUGCAGGUGAAUUAUGCAGAAUAUCAAAGAUAUCGCUUCUGUUACUCUCACAGAGGGAAUCCAGGAGCGCGUCCGUCCGUCCUCAUGCUACACAGAUUCUCUGGACACAAGGACAUGUGGCUCGGCGUGGUCAAGUUUCUCCCUAAAAAUAUGCACUUGGUGUGCGUUGACAUGCCGGGACAUGAAGGAACGACACGCACCAGUGCUGUGGAUUAUUCCAUAGAGGGACAAGUCAAACGGAUACAUCAGUUUGUGAAGAGCAUCGGCUUGAACAAAAAGCCUUUCCAUUUGAUCGGCACGUCUAUGGGUGGAAACGUAGCAGGAGUUUAUGCUUCCCGACACCCGUCUGAUCUCUGCGGCGUCACUCUCAUCUGUCCAGCAGGUCUGUCCUACGUGUGUUUGUGUGUGUGUGUUGUUUAAUAGUUUAUCAAGGGA